ACAAGGGAAAAACACUGUCCUUGACAAAAUAUAUGAUCUCCGGCCUACUGCAGCAGGCCACCUCCAUUUUAGCUUGUAUAAGUUUGAGGCAGGCAACGUACGACAUACACAAGUAUUACUCAUGAUGUCCUAAUUAUUAACAACGUAAGGCCGGGAGCAAGAUUCAAAAACCAUGGAUCACGAACAUGUUUCAAGCUGGCCAAACGUUCAGUUCGUACCUGACUCUUAUGUACGCCCACCAGAAGAAAGACCAGGGAAGCUCGUUCUUAGUUCGUGCAAAACAAUUCCAGUUGUUGAUCUUGAGGGUCAUGAUGAAACCCAAAUCAUUCUGAAUAUUAUGAAAGCUACCAAGGACUUUGGAUUUUUCCAGGCCAUCAAUCACGGAGUUCCCAAAGUAUUAAUGGAUGAAGCAAUGGCUGUUUUCAAAGAAUUCCAUGCCAUGCCUGAGAAGGACAAGAGAAGUCAAGGCUCCAAGGACCCCAGUAGAAACUGCAGUUUCUAUAGAAGCAGUAAAAAUUACACGACUGAGGAUGUUCACGUGUGGAGGGAUGUACUUACACACCCUUGUCAUGAUCCUUUGGAGGAACACAUGAAAUUUUGGCCUGCAAAGCCAACUAGAUACAGGGAUGCUGUCGGGAAGUAUGUAGUAGAAUUGAGAAAGCUGGGGGGGAGAGUUUUGGAGCUGCUUUCUGAAGGAUUAGGACUUGGUGCUAGUUAUUUCAGCAGUACUGGACUUAGUGGGAAUCCUGUACUGUUGGUGAAUCACUAUCCUCCAUGUCCAGACCCAAGUUUGACCUUAGGAUUAAUCAGCCACAUAGACCCUAGCCUCAUUACCAUAUUGCUCCAAGAAGAAAAUGGGCUUCAAGUCUUCAAAGAUGGUGAAUGGAUUGCUGUUGAACCUCUUCCUCAUGCCUUCGUAUUUAACGUAGGCCUUGUGUUACAGAUUAUAAGCAAUGGGAAGCUUAAAGGUGCAGAACAUCGAGCAGUCACAAAUUCAAGUCUUGCUCGAACAUCCGUUGCCUUCUUCAUUUAUCCUUGUAAUGAUAUCAUUAUUGAACCUGAAAAGGCUCUGACAAAUGCAUGCAAUCCCCCAUUGUUCAGAUCCAUGAGAUUUAAAGAAUUUCAAAGAAACUUCUUGUCUAGAUAUGCCAAUUCUGAGGCAGUGCUGCAAUUUUUAAGCUCUGUGAAUUAGUACUCCUGAUCAUGAAGCAAGAGAACGGAUCGUGAAGAUGCUAUCGA